CUCCCUUCCUUACCCUAAGUUCAUUAACACCUUUUGCGUCUCUCCGUUUCCCUCAGGAAUGGCCGCCCUCGCGGACAGCAACCUCUCCGACUUCGAGACCAGCAGCGACCUGUCAUACUUUCUCACAGACGAGGAGGACAGCAGUGGGCUCCCGCAGGCCCCCUCCUCCGCCCAGCCCCCCGCACAGCGCCGGAGAGAAGAGCUGAGGGAGGGCGAGGAAGAGGAGGAGAAGGAGCGCAAGAGACGGCGAGGCCGCGGCCGGGUGAGGAGCGAGGCGCUGCUGCACACCAUCCGCAAGACCCGCAGAGUGAAGGCCAACGACCGCGAGCGCAAUCGGAUGCACAACCUGAAUGCGGCCCUGGACGAACUGCGAAGCGUGUUGCCCACCUUCCCGGAUGAAACCAAACUCACCAAGAUCGAGACCCUGCGCUUUGCUUACAACUACAUCUGGGCCCUCGCUGAGACCCUGCGCCUUGCCGACCAGUAUCUGCAAGGGCCCCCCAAGCAGCUGCUCCUACCGACCUACCUCCACCCCGCCGACUCUCCCAACUCGGGCAGCGAUGGGGAAUCGUGGAUCUCCAGCGCUUCCCCACCUGCAGCCUCCUCCUCCUCCUCCUCCUUCUCCCCGCCCUCCUUCUCCCCACCCUCCUCCUGCUGCUCUUCGUCCCCCCUCUCUAACCCAAGCAGCCCCGCAGCCUCCGAGGACUUUGGCUGCGCAAACCCCGACCCCCUCUUCUUCCCUGGCCUGCCCAAAGACUUAGUCCACGGCGUCCCCUGUUUUGCGCCCUAUCGUUAGCCAAACCCUUGGUGCGCGCAUACACAGACUUCGCUCCGUCUGACCCAGGCGGGCAUCUCACAAAUGACCUCGGGGAGGCCCCCUGAACUCUAAAGGAGAGGAAGGGUGGAGAAGUAGGUGUAGGGGUGGGUAGGGGUGCAGUUAAAAGUCUGGGGCUUCCCCUGCUCAGCUAUCCUCAGAGGAGCUUGAGGAGUGCGGGUUCGCCCUUGGGGCUCUGAGUCCCCUUGGUCCCUCCAGCCCCUAGCAGAAUCCUUCACUUGGCGUCCUUCCCUUUUUGCACUUUGUGAACUUCCCCAAGACUCCCUUCUUUGUGGCGCCGCUGAGCUGAGCCCCCACUGCAAGGGGAGUUAGCAAAGGGGCAGGUCAGCUGCUGAAGACGAGGUGAAAAGUCAAUUUUACAAUUUGUAGAACUCUAAUGAAGAAAAACGAGCAUGAAAAUUUGGUUUGAACGGGCAGACAAUACAAUGAAAAGGCUUAAAAAGGAGAGACAAGGAGUGGGCUUCAUGCAUUAUGGAUCGUGACCUCCAGCACCGUCCUAGUGCUAUAGAGAAGGGCUCAGCGCAGCAGACACGGGCUAUUCAACCGCGGCGCUGCAUAGGAGUUUAAUUUAUUCAAGAUGUUUCAUUCAUAUGAAAAUGUAUUUUUGUACAUAAAGAGUUUAUUCUAUUAUUAUGUAUAUUAUCUGAAAGUUUACACUUUCUGUAUUUCAGAUAUUCCGUGUAAAUAAAAAGGGUUUUUUUGUUUGUU